GCAAUAACAAUCAUGUGUUUGUCAAUCUCCAAAAAAACAAUGCACACGCGAAACCUGUGAAGCAAUUUUUAACAUUUUACUAAACCCAAUUUUGGACAAUUAUUUGAAAUUUUAGUAACUAAACAACCUCAUUAACCUAGUCGAUCGUUGGCAGCCAUCAAAUCAUCAUGUUAAAAGGACUGAUCAUCUUUGCCGCUGGCGUGUAUUCAGGCAUCUACGUAGCACAAAAUUAUGAUGUGCCCAAAGUGGAUGAACCAACAAAAUUAUUCGAAGAAACAGUGGAAAAACUGAAGAAAUUCGCGGAUGAGAACAAGAAAAAGCCAGAGACGACGACGGAAACUGAUGGCACCGUUAAAAUAAUCGAAAAGACUCUCGAUUUGGUGAAGACUCUCGCUGAGGAAGGUAAAAAGAAGUAAAAAUCGCCAUCUGCCAAUGUUAAUUUAUUUUAGUCAAUUAUUU